GGCAGCAGGGAUGAAGAGUCACCCGAAGUUUGUUGCGCUAUCACAACACCACCUCAACAUCAGCCAGCAACAAGUUGCCAUUUUGCGUUUGGUAUCAUUUUUCGUUAGUUGUAAGCUGGUCAUCCCGCGGCGUGAAAAGUUUGAAGGGCGAGCAAAAGAAAAUUCGAAAAAUGUUGAGAAUCUCCGGUCUCGGGCGCAAAGAAGCGAUGAUGAAAAUUGUUGCUGUCGUUCUGUUUUUCUGUUUUGCUGAAUGUGCUGCUGGUUCCUGUCUAAACUAUGGACAUGCGUGCUGGGGUGCUCAUGGAAAAAGGAGUGGAAAUCCCAUUCCACAAGAACCCAGUGAACUGCCAAGAGCUAUGAAUACACGAUGGUUUCUUUCAAAGUUAGUACAAAGUCCUAUUGAUUUCCGCUACUUCAGGGACAUUGAUUUUGAUAUGGCUGCCAGGCACAAUCCCGAACAACUAUUUGCAGCUGACGAGAUUGACGCUAAAAGCGGGCAAGAACAGUGGCAUAAAAAUCAAGAUGUAUUAUCAGAUGAUCAACUGUUUGACGACAACUUUCUAAACUCUGCUGACAGCAACAGGAUACGAAUACAUAAAGUUUUGGACAAGCGAUCAACGAAACAGAACUAAAACGACAGGCUCAACGCAAAGGCGCAGCUCAUUUUAAUCGCUAGCUUAAGAUUCAUUCUAAAAUUGUACUGAUACACUGUUAAACUCUCCCAUUUUUAACUUUGAGUACUUUGAGUCUCACUAAGUGUUCGGCUGGAAAACAUUUAGUGAAGACUUAACCUUAACUACUUAGUGUAGUAAUGAAAAUUUGUUUUUCCAUCGAUAUAAACUAAAUGUUAAAUGUCCUAAAUGGUUUAAAUAAAUGUUGUUUUUAUUCAA